CCCUUUCUUUCUUUCUUUGUCUCUGAAGCAACCAAACGUGCAUUGUUCUCCUUCCCUUCUUGCCCUCCUUCUUCCAAAGUAGACUGGAAAUAUAGAAGCAUUGUCAAUCACCGGCCUUCUUUCUCCUUAACUACUUCAAAGCAGAAAAGCCCAUUUCCCCUCACCGGAAAAUCCCCACGAGAAAAUCCCCACUAGAAAAUCCCCACCAAAAUCCCAUUUGUCCUCCUUCUUCAGUGAGUCUCCUUCUUUUUCUCUGAUUUUUUUUCCUUUUUUUGUGUUUCUACUACUAAUUUGGUGGUGAUGAAUGAUAAUUGUUGGUUGGUAGUGUGAGUUGGUGAAAGUUUUAAUUUUUAAUCCCUUGUCUUCUUAUAGAUCUGGGUGAUGUGAUGAAGCAGCAUGGGUCGGAGAAGCCAAACAAAGCGGCAAUAUUGGGGGGGAGUGAAGUGGAGGGUGUUCCGGCCACGGGACUUGACAAUAACUUUGGAUUCUCGAAGCACUUUGGGAGCAAGUACAAGCUCGGGGAGGAGGUUGGGAGAGGCCAUUUUGGUUAUACUUGCUCAGCCAAGUUCAAGAAAGGGGAACUCAAAGGACAACAAGUUACUGUUAAGGUUAUACCCAAAGCGAAGAACAAGAAAUAUGGUAAAUUUGAGCGUUAUGGAUUAGAAAACACAAUGGAGUUGCAUCAAAUGUUUGACAGAAUAGUAGUCACAAGUGAAAUUGCAUGGACUCCAACUGUUGGGCCUAUUCCUCCAGAACAACACAAUGUGGGGUUUGAAGAUGGUGUUGAUUUGGAAGAAGGAACUGGUGAUUCUGAUGAGGUGAAUGUCAUGCCAACACCAACUGGUGGAAGUAGUGAAAAAAGGAAGACAAACACAAUUGGUUCUUCACUUACCGGCAAAGGGAAGAAAGUGAAAUUAGGGGGUGCAACAUACAUGCAGAGACAAUUGAAUCGUCUUUGUGAUGCAGUUGAAAGUUAUACCACAACUACUUUGAGUGAAUCAUCAAAGAAGAAUUAUGAAGCACAUGCUGAUAGCACUGAGGAAUAUAUGGGGAUGUUGUUAACUUUACCUGGAGUUGAAGAUGCAAGAGUUGGAAAGGGACAAGAUAAGGUUUGAGAUGGAGAGGGAGAGAUUCGGUAGUAGAAGGCAUUACUAGGAUGUUUGUAUUUGAGUUUUUAGUAUUAAGACAUUCGUAAUGCUUGUAUUUGAGAUACAAAAUUGUUUUCUUUUUUAUUUGUAUUUUCGUUGUAUGUGGACUAGUGUUAUGAAUUUAUGUUUUUUCCAUAAUGUUGUUGCUUAGAAAUUGAAUUGGUGAUUUAUAGUUCAAAUAAGGACUCCGUAUGAAU